GCUCUUGUUGCACUUUGUACCUGGGAGGCGUCGUUACAAUGGCCAAAGGGCAAGCAGUGCCAUUUUAGCACAUUUAAAUGACACAUAUUUGUUCAGCCGUGGGGUAUUCAAAUACAAGUGAUACAGCUGGAAAAUUAGUCUUGACAGUUCAUCAUUUGACAAAAAUGAACCUGAAAGCUGACAGUCACUCCGUCCCUCUUAGUGAUGGGAAUAGAAUGCCAUUGAUAGGACUGGGUACAUACGCAGAUCCUUGCACGACCCCUAAAGAGACAGCAUAUGCAGCUGUGAAAAUGGCUAUAGAAACAGGAUACAGGCACAUUGAUGGAGCGUUGGUUUAUUUCAAUGAACAUGAGGUGGGACAAGCAAUAAGGGACAAAAUAGCUGAUGGAAGCGUGAAAAGACAAGAUAUCUUCUAUUGUGGAAAGCUGUGGAACACAUUCCAUCCACCAGAAAUGGUCCGGCCUGCUUUGGAGAAAACCUUGAAGACACUGCAGCUGGAUUAUGUCGAUUUAUACAUUAUUGAGAUGCCCACAGCGUUUAAGCCAGGAGAUACCUUCUACCCAAAAGAUGAGGAUGGGAAGUGCAUUUAUCAUGAGACGGAUCUUUGUGCUACUUGGGAGGCUUUGGAAGCUUGCAAAGACGCAGGGUUGGCAAAAUCUCUCGGGGUGUCCAACUUUAACAAGCGACAGUUGGAGCUGAUCCUCAACAAGCCAGGGCUGAAACACAAACCGGUGUCAAAUCAGGUUGAAUGCCAUCCUUACUUCACUCAGCCAAAGUUGCUGGAGUACUGCAGAAAUAAUGACAUUGUCAUUGUGGGAUACAGCCCACUGGGAACAUCUAGAGAUGCAUCCUGGGUUAACUUAACCUGCCCCCCGCUCUUGGAGGAUGAGUUGCUUGUGUCGCUGGCUGCAAAGUACAACAAGACCGCAGCUCAGGUUGCGCUCAGGUUCAACUUGCAAAGAGGAGUUGCAGUAAUCCCAAAGAGCUUUAGCCCUGGUCGUAUAAAGGAGAACUUCCAGAUAUUCGACUUCUGCCUCUCUGAGGAGGACAUGAAGGCCAUCGAGGGGUUGAACAAGAAUAUUCGCUUUGUGGAGCUCCUGAUGUGGUCCGAUCACCCCGAGUACCCAUUUCUUGAUGACUACUAAACAACAAUUCAUACGAGUCAAUAAAUAAGUCUGCUUCACAAGUUGAACAGGUGCAGCUCAAUGAAUUAGAAUAUCCUCCUGAUGCUGUGUCAUCAGCAGGUAAAUGUGCUAGCGGUGUCAAUGUGCUUUGAGUGCCUUGGAGGUGGAAAAGCGGCCAUUCAUUUAUUUCAGUAGUUCAGUUUGGAAAAUGAAACUCUUAUAUUCUAUAUAUUCACUACACAGUCAAAUAUUUCAAGCAUGUAUGUUCUUAAUUUCUUAAAUUUGAAAAAUUGUCAAACAAUAACAAUGAUAUUCAAAUUUAUUUAAAUGCACUUGUGUGUACUUAGAAUAUUUUUCUCAUGUUCUACUGUUUGCAUUGUUAUUAACCAUUCUUUUCUUUUUUAUUCUGCAAAAGGCUAACUUUGUGGGUCAUGGCUAUACCUUAUAUGCAUGUAUAAUGUUCAUCAUCUGUCAUUGAGGGUAAUUAUCUAUUGUAAUAUUUUGUCUGCACUGUCCACUUUGCUGCUGUGAAACUGAAGUUCCCCCACUGUGAGACUAAUAAAGGUUUAUGCUAUUCUA